GUUUCUUAAGAAAUCGUUUUCUUCCCCAGAUUUUCUUUUAUACUUUAAAGUUUUAUUGCAUUAACUUUCAUGUUAAGAGCUGUAGUACAAUUGGACUUGAUUUUUGUGCAUGUUGUGAGAUUGGGGUCACAUGUCAUAUUUUUCCCAUAGGCAUUUUGUCCAUAGCGUCCUUGUGCCAGCUCCUUUGGGUGAAAAGACUGUCCAUGGGCACUAUUCUGGGGUGCCGCCUUUGUCUGAACCAAGUGAUUGUCUGUACUUGUGCCUCUUCUGGUCUGGCAGCUUUUCCCUCAGUGACUGACUGCACUUGUUGGCACCUGUAGUGUGUUGUGGAGUAGAAAUGGUGACAGUGUGCCUCCUGGCCUUUUUCUUAGUAGCAGAGAAAGAGCUUUCCAGAUUUCACACGCGAAGUAUGAUGUUUGUUUUAGGAGUCUCUUUUUAAGUACUUUUGAAUCUUAAGAAUGUUUUCUUCUGUUUCUGUUAAACUUCGUCAAAUGCUUUUCCUGCAUUACUUGAUCAUAGAAUUUUUAUGUUUUUCUGUUAAUGUGUGAAUUACUGACUUUUCAAAUGUUGACACAGUCUUCCAUUUCUGGAAUUAAACUGCUUUGAUCAUAAUAUUGGUUAUAUGGAUACAUAUUUCUGGUCUUGGUUUGCUAUUUUUUAAAGACAGUUUUGCAUUUGUAUUUGUAAUUUUUCUGGAUUUUGCGUGCCAUUUUCCUUGUGAUUUUUUUUGGUGACCUACAAUUUUCUUUUCUUGUAAUGCCCUGUAAGUUACUGGUAUUGAUGACCGCCACCCCUUUACUAACAGAGCAGCUGCAAAUCAGGAAGAGGGUGAUGCCCAUGCAGCCCUGCUAGUUUCCAUCUCUCCACCGGAGAAUGUUAGCGAGCUGGGGGAGAUACUGGCUGAUGGAUCCACUGGCAGGAAAACGUAAUAGACAUUCAGGUUUUUGUAACCAAGGUUGUGCUAGUCUCAUAGAGUGAGUAGGAGAAUGUUUGUUCCUAUUGUUUUCUUGGAAGGGUGUAUAUAAGAUUGGUAAAAUUUGCCAUGUAAGCUCUCCGCAGGCCCCACCCAGGCAGCUGCCGGUGACCUGCCUGGGCGUGGGGAACAGAAAGCCGGAGUGGGCAAGAUGAGUUCAAUUCGCCAUGGGGCUGUUGGUUAAAACCCAGGAGAAGCCACCAAAAUAACUGGCCAAUGAAUGGUAACUGAAAGGAAAUCAGAGUUGUUGACAGGCAAAUAAGGGAUAUCCAAAGAGAAGAAGAAGACGUGAAACGAUCUGUGAAAGAUGCAGCCAAGAAGGGCCAGAAGGAUGUCUGCACAGCUCUGGCCAGGGCCAUGAUCAGGUCAGGGACGGCCAUGAACAAGCUGUAUGCAUCCAAAGCACACAUGAACUCGGUGCUCAUGGGGAUGAGGAACCAGCUCGUGGUCUUGCGAGUGGCUGGUUCCCUCCAGAAGAGCACAGAAGUGAUGAGGGCCGUGCAAAGUCUUGUGAAGAUUCCAGAAAUUCAGGCCACCAUGAGGGAGCUGUCCAAAGAAAUGCUGAAGGCUGGGAUCACAGAGAUGUUAGAGGACACUUUCGAAAGCAUGGACGAUCAGGAAGAAAUGGAGGAAGAAGCAGAAAUGGAAAUCGACAAAAUUCUAUUUGAAAUUACAGCAGGGGCCUUGGGCAAAGCACCUGGUAAAGUGACUGAUGCCCUUCCAGAGCCAGAACCUUCAGGAGCGAUGGCCGCCUCAGAGGACGAGAAGGAGGAAGAAGCUCUGGAGGCCAUGCGGUCCCGGCUGGCCACACUCCACAGCGAGGGGCGGCCUACCUGCUGGGUGUGCACACGCUCCUCUGAAGAGCUGCCGUUUCAUGUAUUUCUUGCAUCACACCUCUGUUGUGAGGACUACCAUGUUGGAGAAGGCUCUGUUUGUCUCUUUUCACUCUCUGCCCAGGUUUUGGGAUUGAAAAGUGGUUGUUCUUGAAAAGGUUGUAUAAAUAAAUGCAUCAUUUUUAGGAGUAUAGACAGAAAUAUCUUAUUGUGGGGAGGGGAAGGAAAUCCAUCUCCUCAUAAAGCACUUCUGAAAAUACAGGUGAUUGCCUGAAUGUUGAAGACUCUACUUUUGUCUAUAAAACACUAUAUAAAUGAAUUUUAAUAAAUUUUUGCUUUGGCACGUGGC